GAAAAUAAAGAUUUGUGCAGCACAAUUCUCACGUGACUCUUUUGACUGUUUUAAGGAACAAAAUCAGUUAUCUGAGAUUUGCUUUGAGGUCACAUUGAUAUGAAAUGUGGAGUCACCUGAUAACGUCACCUGGGAAAGAGACAAACUUCUUUCUUAUUAAAAAACCAUAAAGAAAACAAAUGCCCUGAGGAAUCAUGCCAAAUGCUCAUUCUACAUAUUUUUGUAUCAUUAAUAUGUAUUUUUUAGCCAAUCAAGACCUAUGAUUUGUAUGUUAAAGAAAACGAACGAUUCAUCAAUAUUAUUUUUAGCAGUUUUUAAAAGACUACUUCAUCAUUGUGUACAGAUCUUGUGUAAGAUUUAACAUAUAAAAAUUUGAAAGGCCUUGCUUUUAGAGUUCAGCUUCAACAUUUACUUGUUCUAUUUUCUGCUUGCCAAAGUCUUCCAAAAUUUUAACACUAAGAAAGUUAUGGACUUGGAAACUUACAUUCCUGCAAUAGACUGCAGUGACUUUCAGUGGACAAUUCAAGACAUCAUUCAUUUUACCGUCCAAAAUACCACAUAAGUAUAGAAUUCUUAGUUUUAAUGCGAACAAAGUUGCUUGAGAAUGGCUUGGGUGAAAUUCUUACGGAAACCUGGUGGCAAUCUUGGAAAAACUUAUCAAGCUGGAAGUAUGCUGUCGCUGGCCCCUACCAAAGGCUUGUUAAAUGAACCAGGGCAAAACAGCUGCUUUCUUAAUAGUGCGGUGCAGGUUUUAUGGCAGUUGGAUAUAUUCAGACGAAGCCUGCGAGUUCUGACUGGACAUGUGUGUCAGGGAGAUGCCUGCAUAUUCUGUGCAUUGAAGACAAUAUUUGCACAGUUUCAACACAGCCGAGAAAAAGCACUUCCCUCUGAUAACAUCAGGCAUGCUCUUGCAGAAAGCUUCAAAGAUGAACAGCGAUUUCAACUGGGCCUUAUGGAUGAUGCUGCAGAAUGCUUUGAAAAUAUAUUGGAAAGGAUUCACUUUCACCUAGUGCCAAGCAGAGAUGCAGACAUGUGUACCUCUAAAUCCUGUAUCACUCACCAGAAGUUUGCUAUGACCCUGUAUGAACAGUGUGUGUGUCGUAGCUGUGGGGCGUCAUCAGACCCUCUCCCCUUUACUGAGUUUGUACGCUACAUUUCUACAACAGCCCUAUGCAAUGAAGUUGAGAGAAUGAUGGAAAGGCAUGAACGCUUUAAACCAGAAAUGUUUGCAGAACUGCUUCAAGCAGCAAAUACAACAGAUGACUACAGGAAAUGUCCUCUUUUUUACAGGGUUACCGAUGAAAAUGCCAAAAAUAGUGAACUUCACCUUGUUGGUGUGAUCUGCUAUACCAGCCGACAUUAUUGUGCCUUUGCCUUUCAUACUAAGAGUUCCAAGUGGGUGUUUUUUGAUGAUGCAAAUGUGAAAGAGGUGGGAACUAAAUGGAAAGAUGUGGUCUCCAAGUGUGUCCGAUGUCACUUCCAGCCUCUGCUUUUGUUUUAUGCAAAUCCAGAUGGCACAGCUGUCUCUACCGAGGAUGCGCUCAGGCAGAUUGUCCACUGGUCACAUUACAAAUCUGUGGCAGAAAAUAUCGGAUUUGAAAAGUCUGCAGUUUAUAAAGCCGAUAAUUCCAAAGAAAAUGGAUUCAGUGAUCAAGCAAAACAGAAGGAAAAUCAAAAACUUCAAACCAAUAACCUUCCAUCAUUCAGUCGGAACCACAUUCAGACAAGUGGAGGGAGAGGACCGGUUAAAUUAAGCCACAGUGACCAGAGGGAAAAGAUAAAGGACAUUUCCAGAGAAUGUGCUCUGAAAGCCAUUGAACAGAAGAAUUUACUUUCUUCACAAAGGAAAGAUUUAGAAAAGGGACAAAGGAAAGAUGUAGGCCGACACCGAGAUUUGAUGGAUGAAGACCUCUCACACUUGAAGUCUGGAUCACCUUCUGCCCCAAAUGGUUUCAGGCAAUGUGGGAAUCCACAUCUUUAUCAUAGUCAAGGAAAAGGACCCAUCAAACAUGACCGGGUUGCACACCAAAGUCGAGCUUCUGGACAAACAAGUUCAGGCAAAUCCCACAUUCUUAAUCCAGGAGAGAAAAUACUAGGCCGUGUUAAGAGUGACAGUGCCACUGGAUAUGACACAGACAGCAGCCAAGAUUCCAGGGAGAAAGGAAGCAGCUUCAGUAGCAGUAAAAGCCGGAACCGAGGUUGGAAACCUAUGAGGGAAACGUUAAAUGUCGAUAGUGUUUUUAGUGAGAGUGAGAAGAGGCAGCAUAGCCCAAGACACAAGGCAUGUCUCACCAACAAACCUAAAUGUGGCAAAGAUCAGAGUUUGAAUAACUGGCCCAAAGAAAAUCCGAAGCAGAAAAGCUUAAUGACCAUAUAUGAAGAUGAAAUAAAGCAAGAAAUAGGAAGCAGAACUUCCCUUGAGUCAAAUGGGAAAGCAGAGAAAGCAAAAGGCCUCGUGGAGGGUAAAGGUCAUGGUGACAAUUGGCAGAUGCAAAGGACGGAGUCUGGAUAUGAAAGCAGUGACCAUAUCAGUAACGGGUCUGCGAACUUGGACUCACCCGUCAUCGAGGGAAGUGGUACAGGAAUGGAUACGAGCAGUAGUAAAGAAUUGGCAUCUUCCAGUGAUCGAGUUAGGAUGAAUAACUUGAGUACAGGACUUGGGGACUAUACCUCCCAUCCCAGCAAAAACCACUCAGAAGUGUCCACCCCAGGCUUUAGAAAAGAACUGAAAGACUUGGAGACUAGCUGUAAAUCUCAUGAGCUCCACUCAGAAUCACAUCUACAAAUAAAUCAUUUGACAAAAAGGCCACCCACCAGUGAAACCAGUGAGAAGUUACCUCCUUCAUACAGUCCACACAUUCUCAAGGACCCUGCUGUGAGAGAACAUGUCCACCAGCCAGAGGAACAGAAAUUGGAAAAACUAAAUGGAAGCAGAUUUUCUGAAUGGCUUCCUACAGAAAACUCUGAGAGAACGAGUUUGCCAUUCCAGGUUGGUGAUGGUUCUGUGCCUGGAAAGAGAGUGAACAGCAGUGAAAGAGUGUCUCCAUCUUCAUUGUGUUCUGCACACUUGAGAACUGUAGGGCUAAAGCCAGAUACUGCUCCCCUCGUCCUACAACAAAACACAAUAGAACCAUGUUCUGCUGAGAACCCUGUCUCCAAGGAACACACAACUCAUUCAACCUGCAGGUCUGAGGCUGGUCAGAUGCCAAAAUUUUGCCAGAAUCAACCACCCCCUUUGCCACCAAAAAAAUACACUAUACCUAUUGUGCCACAGUCAGACAAAAACGAGUCUCUACCUGAUGUGAAGCAUACAGAGGGGUUGAAAGCAAAUUCCUCUCAUCUUUCAAUGCACAGUUUAAAUACAGCUUCAGAAACCAGCUUUGAAGUGAGUUCACAGAAGAACAAUGAAAGAUGUCAAGAAACAAUCCAAUCCAAACAGGGUGGCAGCAACACAACCAACCACCCCUCUGCCUCUUCAGCUAGUGACUUUCAGGCAAACUCGGGUGCAGCCGUUGAUGCCUUUUGCCAACCAGAACUAGACUCUAGAGCUGCAUGCCCAAAUGAGACAGUAUCAUUAACCACCUAUUUUUCCGUCGAUAGCUGCAUGACUGAUACAUACAGACUGAAAUACCAUCAAAGACCCAAGCUCUGUUUUCCAGAACUUCCUUCCAGGGAAGGACCUGUGUUGCGUAAUAGUCUUGGUUCAAGCUGUCCUUCUGAGCAAAGCUAUACACCUAGCAUACAUUGUAAUAGAUAAAUGAUCAAAUCGGCCAGCAUCUGCUGCUCCAAGGCCAUUAUACCAACUGACCAAAUCUAGUAAUUUACAAAAUCAAAUCCAUGGCAUUUUAAAAAUCCUUGAUCACUUUAUAUACAGAUACUUGAUGAUCCAUUUAUGGGAUGUUUUAGAAACUUUUUCUGAGUAUCUUGGCAUGCUUUGAAAAAAACAAAACAAAAUAGGAAAUCAGGGAGUAUAUUGUAAUUUGUUUGUUGUAUGGAAUAGCUGAGUAAAAAUGACAUUUGUCCCCCCCUGUCAUGUGGCUAAGAGAUCUGUAAAUAGUUAGCCAGUACCCAUAUGUAGGUUGGCAAAUGACACUAAUUGAAUUGAAAAGUGCUAGGUGGAACCUGGUUUGUCUGUCUAGUCAAAGCAGUAUUUGCUUUUUUGCAGAGCACUUUCUAAUGGGUAACCAGAAGAGGGCUGUACCCAUUUAUUUUUGACUUCUGUGAGAGUCUAUCACAUGACCCCUUCAAGUGUCUUAAAAAAUAGUGGACCCAUGGAAUCUAUAGCUUUUGGAAAGGAAUGCCUUAAUGAUGAACAAUUUCUAAAUUAAUAACACUACCACGUUAGACAGAACUUGUGUUUGCUCCUACUUUUUUCUUUAGAAUAUCUAGUUAACAUAAAUUAGGCCUUUGACAAUAUGUAUUUACAAAUAUAACUCCAGCCAUGUAAGCUAAAAGGUCAAAAUACUUUUAAUGUAUUUAUUUAUCUUGUUACAUUAUUUUUCUAAUUUUAUAUGAAAUGUAAAAGUUUUUAUUUUGGUUUGGUUUACUUUGGGCUGCUAAUAUUUACCAGUGUUAGGAAUCAAUCUUGGGUCCUCUGAGGGAUUGACUCAGAAAUUGCCUGAGUUUGCUCUGCUCUAGUCUUAUUUGCUUAAAGGUUGUCAAUUAAAUUUACUAUUUGAUUUUCUACGUUAAAUUUUAUAGAGAGCUUUAUUUAAACACUUAAUUCAUUUAAGUUUCUUUCACAUUUUUUUUCCUUCAAACAAAUCACCAUUUUAUUCCAACUACCUUCACAGAGAGAAUUUACCAGUGAAAAUGUCAUUUAAAUGGCCUUAAUUCAAUAACUCUCAUUUUAUUUUGUAAUAGACUGAUAAAUUGUGAUUUACAAUAGUUUUAUAAUGUCUCUCCAGAGAAUUAAGCUACAGGAUAAAUGCUUUCUUUACAUUCCAAUGUGGAUAAAUUUCAUAAGUAUAACUUUGUAAUCAAUAAAAUUUAGUAUCUUCAAUUCCACAAACGGUGAUCAAAUGUCCCAAAAUGUGUUUAUAAACCUCCCCCAGCUAUCAGAUCCUUGCCAAAUUCUAUCUUUAACCUACCUUUAACCUUUAACUUUUUGCUAGCCUUUUCUAAUUCUUAACUCUUGGUGAUUAUGUUUUUAUUCUCUUAAUUUAGAAGUAUUUGGGCAUCAACUAAAUUUUAUCUUUUAAGAGUAUUUUUCAGUUUUUAGUACAGAGUUUGUAAAUACUAUAAAGUCUGUAAAAUUUUAUUUGAAAUGUCUGGGUUUUUGUUACUUUCAUAAUAUAAAAUACUAGAAAAUAUAGGCAUCAGGUAUUUUUAUUAGCUUUCAGAAACUUUCUGUGUAGAUUUUUGUUUUCUCAUUUCUGUUUGGUCACUAUGUCCAGUUGGAAAUGCAUUAUUUGAAACACUUCAACAAAUUAUAUACAGCUGUUUCAUAAAUUUAUCACUUCAACUCCACAUAAAGUAGAAAUGUCUGAUUUUGCCUUUCCAGGUCAAAGCCUCCUGAAUUAUGCAAUUUAAUGCAUACACAAAGUAGAAACUGACCAUUUUCUUUUUAAUGUUGCUUCAACACUCCAAAUACAGAUUCAGUAGAUUGUCAUUUAUAUGUAAACUGCAUUUUUGUACUUCUAGGGUGCUUAUUUAUUAUUUCCAUCUGUUACAAACUUCAGCCUUUUAAAUAAUGCAACCAACAGUUGUUCUGUUUCAAAUACUUCGGAAUAUAUUCCUGUGAAAUGAGUUUCUUCUGGUUCAGUUAAGAUAAAUUAAAGUGAAUUAUAGUUGGA